UCCAAAAUAAAAAUAAAAUUUAUUCAGAAAGACUCUAUCUUGCAGCUGUAACAGAUCUAGUAAAAACCUCAACUUCCAAGCUCAGAUUCAUUCAUUCAUUCAUUCAGCAUGAGCAAAGCUUCGGUGAUACUCUACAUCACCGUAGGGAUCCUCGUCCUCUUCCUCGUCUCCUACUCCCCUAAGAACAAGACCGACCACGAUCACCACCACCACCACGGCGGCGGUCACAACCAACACCACCGCCUCAAACUCCGCUCUUCCUUCAACUUCAAACCCACUCGCCACGAUCCGAUCCCCUUCGACCCCCUCGUCGCCGACAUGGAGCGCCGCCGCGAGGAUAAGGAGUGGGAGCGGCAGCACAUUGACCAUUCUCACCCCGAGCUAGCGACUCAUGAUCCUGCGCCUGGUCACGAGUCGCAGCCCGAGUGGGAGGACUUUAUGGAUGCGGAGGAUUACUUGAAUGAUGAGGAGAAGUUCAAUGUCACCGAUAGGUUGAUAUCUUUGUUUCCGAAGCUUGAUGUUUCUCCUACGGAUGGGUUUGUGACUGAGAGUGAAUUGACCGAGUGGAACAUGCAGUCUUCUGCUAAGGAGGUCAUGCACAGGACUCAGAGAGAUAUGGAUGUUCAUGAUAGAAACAAGGAUGGUUUUAUCUCUUUCUCUGAGUAUGAGCCUCCCUCUUGGGUCCGCAACUCUGGUAAUGAUACAUUUGGCUAUAACAUGGGUUGGUGGAAGGAGGAGCAUUUUAAUGCUUCAGAUGCAAAUGGUGAUGGUUUACUGAACUUAACAGAGUUCAACGACUUUCUUCAUCCUGCUGAUACCAAGAACCAUAAGUUGCUGUUAUGGUUGUGCAAGGAGGAAGUAAGAGAAAGAGAUUCAGAUAAAGAUGGUAAGAUCGGUUUCGAAGAGUUUUACCACGGCCUCUUUGACACUGUGAGGAACUACGAAGAAGACAAUCACAACGCCACGCAUCCUUAUCAUGACUUACCUGAAGGCCCUGCAAAGCAGUUGUUUUCUCAGCUUGACAAAGACGGUGACGGGUACUUAUCAGACGCUGAAUUGCUUCCCAUCAUCAGUAAAAUCCAUCCUACCGAGCAUUACUACGCAAAACAACAAGCUGAUUAUAUUAUAUCACAGGCGGAUUCAGACAAAGAUGGACGUCUGACUUUGGCAGAGAUGAUUGAGCAUCCAUACGUCUUCUACAGUGCCAUUUUUAACGAAGAUGACUCUGAUGAUGACUACGGCUUCCAUGACGAGUUUCGUUAGUGUCACGAUGAAAAACAGUGGAAGCAA